AUGCUAGCCUCUAUUCGACCAGUGGUGCCCAGAAUUGGCCUUGGGUGCAGGGCGUUGACCAGUUCAACACUUCGUUUGGCCACGAAGGCGCCAGAAAAGCCUUACACUUCGUCGACAGCUGUAGGUGGAGAUGUGAAUAAUGUCAAGUCAGAGACCAACAGGUUGGAGAAAACGCUUCAGAGAUUCUGGGGUAAAGCUGAUGCUGCUUUUGAGGAAGAAGCAAGAAAAUGGGUGGUUCGUUUGGACGGCAAACCACUCAAGACGCCGUUGGGCCAUAAACUCGCUAUUCCAGAGCGGAAAGAGCAGUUGGCGCUUCUUGUGGCUCAUGAGUGGGACACUUUGGUUGAUUUGAAGAUCAAGCCUACAAACUUGCCAUUGACAUCCUUGACUUCCAGGGCUGCUGAUUUGGAGGCUGUUUUCCUUGCUGAAAAGGCUGAUCCAGAUAUGAUUACUAAGCUUGGUGAUCUCCAGGACGUCAAGCACGACUUGUUGAGGUAUUUGGAUACGGAUACGUGUUUGAUUUUUGCUACGGAGGAUGAGUACGACGGAAAGCUUAGAAAGAGACAGAAGGAUUUGUACGAACCUUUGAUUGAGGAGUACAACUCGUUUUUCACCGAGUUCGGUCGUCAGAACAACUUGUUGCCUUCUGAGGACUACAAAGUGCAAUUGCAGACUUUGGACUGUGAAACUGAUGGUAUCAGAGGUAACAGCCAGACUGCUACUGAUCGCGAGAUUGUGCUUGGAUGGUUGGAUAAGUUGCCUUUAUUUGACCUUGUUUCGCUUGAGAAGGCCAUUCUCACGUCCAAGUCAUUCCUUUGCGGUGCUUCUAUCUUGAGAUCCAACGCCACUGAUGAAUCCACGGCUAAGGACGUUUACCAGCCCAACAAGGCCAAUGAACUGGAAUACUUUUUUAAGGAUGUCGAGGAGAUCACCGAGCUCGGUAACUUGGAGACCAUUUUCCAGACCAACGAGUGGGGUGAAGUCGAGGACACUCAUGACGUUGACCAGGCCGACUGGCUGAGAAGUCUCAGUGCCGCUGCUCUUGUUUGUCGUUAG